GGAAGGGCGCAUGGCCAGUCGGGCAGUUUUGGAGAGUCUUGCUCAAAAAAUAGUUUACGUCUUUUUUAAUAAGUAAAACUACCGUAGAGGAUGGAUAGUAAAGGCCGCAAUGUUAUUGUUUGUGAUAAUGGAACCGGAUUUGUGAAGUGCGGAUAUGCCGGAAGCAAUUUUCCAGCCCACAUCUUCCCCUCGAUGGUCGGGAGGCCCAUUAUCAGGGCGGUGAACAAAAUAGGAGACAUAGAAGUGAAGGACGUGGGUUCAACGUACCUUCCCGACCUCAUGGUGGGCGAUGAGGCGAGUCAAUUGCGUUCGCUGCUGGAAGUGUCGUAUCCGAUGGAGAAUGGCGUGGUGAGGAAUUGGGAGGACAUGUGUCACGUGUGGGACUACACAUUCGGACCCAAGAAGAUGAACAUCGAUCCGACGAACACGAAAAUCCUGCUCACUGAGCCACCGAUGAAUCCUACGAAGAACCGCGAGAAGAUGAUUGAGGUGAUGUUCGAGCAGUACGGCUUCGAUUCCACCUACAUUGCCAUUCAGGCGGUGCUCACGCUGUACGCCCAGGGCCUUAUCUCGGGCGUGGUGAUCGACUCGGGCGAUGGCGUGACGCACAUCUGUCCCGUGUACGAGGAGUUUGCGCUGCCGCAUCUCACGCGCCGCCUGGACAUUGCCGGGCGCGAUAUCACACGAUAUCUCAUCAAAUUGCUACUGCUGCGAGGAUAUGCCUUCAAUCACUCGGCUGACUUUGAGACUGUGCGGAUGAUGAAGGAGAAGCUGUGCUACAUCGGAUAUGACAUCGAGAUGGAGCAACGUCUGGCGCUAGAGACGACUGUGCUGGUUGAAUCCUACACACUGCCGGACGGGCGAGUGAUCAAGGUGGGCGGAGAGCGCUUUGAGGCACCCGAAGCCCUCUUCCAGCCGCACCUCAUCAACGUCGAGGGUCAGGGCAUCGCGGAAUUGGUGUUCUCCACCAUACAAGCGGCGGAUAUUGACAUGCGAUCAGAGCUUUACAAGCACAUUGUCCUGUCUGGCGGCUCGACCAUGUAUCCUGGGCUGCCCAGUCGCCUGGAGCGCGAGAUCAAGCAGCUCUAUCUCGAGAGAGUCCUCAAGAAUGACAUUGACAAGCUUUCUAAAUUUAAAAUUCGGAUCGAAGAUCCACCGAGGCGAAAAGACAUGGUCUUCAUUGGCGGCGCCGUUUUGGCGGAUGUGACAAAGGACAGGGAUGUUUUCUGGAUGUCGAAGCAGGAGUACCAGGAACAGGGCCUAAAUGUCCUCAAGAAGCUGAGCAAAAAGCAGUGAAUGUCGCGAAAUCGCCGCAAUUUUCUCCUCUUCCGCCAACUUCAUCUUCGCUUAACGUAUUUCUUCAGCAUAAUUUCAGUGGCAUUUUCAGUCUAUUUGCAAGAGAAGAAGUUUAUAAUAAAGUAUAAAAAAUUUGUUAUUUAUUUCCAGUGAAAGAGAAAUCAAGGAUAAAACCAAGCAAAGAACAAUAUUGUAAAGAAAAUAUUUACUGUAAAAUCAUUCCGACUGGGAAGACUAUUGUAAGAUUUUAAUUUUAAAUAAAAGUGUAUUAAAUAAAUUAA